UAACCGUGUUAUUAUUCAUGACCAUAGCAUAUAGGUUUUCUGUGUCCGUAGGUGUUCCGAGCCAUUGUCUGGGCGUAAACUGUAAACUUGUUGGAAACCAUGCUUCUUGCGCCGCUUGCUGGGCUUGCUUGCUUGCUUUGUUUCAAAUGAACGCGUGAACACCGGCGGCACAUUCAGUACAAUGGGUCGCGCUAUUCCGGUUCAUGUGGUUGAGCCACACUUUCAUGCAUUGGAUCACAUCUACCGUGCCAUUGGGUCCAAGAAAUUGAACUUCGAUGGCCUGCUAUUGAUUCAUUUCGACGCCCAUCCGGACCUUGUAAUUCCUCCCCAGCUCGAACCGCUAAAGAUCCAGGACCGUGAGCAUGUGAUGUCAUCUAUUGACAUUGAAAGCUGGAUUAUGCCUGGUGCUUUGGCAGGUCACUUUGACCGCCUGCUAUGGGUUCGUUCACCCUGGUCAGAUCAAUUGCCCGACGGAGACCACUGCUUUCUAAUUGGCGAAAAGGAUGGACGUGCCAAGGUUUCCAGUGCACUGCCAUACUUCCUGAGUGAGUGUGCUUGGGCACCUAGUGAAGAGCUGUCCGGUGCACACGGGGUGACUCUGAGGGUGCGGCCCCUGGACUGGCUACUCAAGCAGCGAGCCCUGGAUGAGACCUGGCGGCCAAGCAGCUCACGACAGCUGGUGCUCGACAUUGAUCUAGACUUUUACAGCACGCAGGACCCCUUCUCACUCAUGUUCACUGCCAGCCAGAUGGCCAUGCUGCGAAAACUUUACCACUGGGACUGGCCAAAAGAUGUGCGUGAUGCACAGAAGGUCAAGGAAGCUCAAGAUGGUCGUGCUAGGCAACUUGAACACCUGAGGACCUGUCUUAACUACCAGUUGCAGGACAGCAAGAACUUGGAGCAGCCAGUCGAUGAAAACAGCCUCGGAGAGCCUUCAUACCCAGCACCUCUACCAGAUGUCACGUGGUGGUGACGUUAAGAACACAGUGGCAAUACUGCGAA